AGUUGAUGAGAGUUGCAGCCGAUACACUCAACUCAGCCCCUGCUAUGCAGAUCAGAUACUUGGAGGCCAUGCAAGCGAUGGCUAGGUCAGGGCAGAGCAAGAUCAUCUUCAUGCCCGGCCCAGUCAACUCCGGUGACUUUGGAGUACCAAGAGUGAUUGAGCAGGGACAGGCGUCUUCCAGCGGUGGUCAGCAGUCUCAGGCCGAUCCCCUUCAGCACGCGAUCAAUGCGCGCGUCUUCGAGGACAUGUAAUACCCAAAUUGCCACUAACGACAUCGAUACCC